GGAUCCUACCCGGGGCCGAGCCCUCUUUGGCCUGGCCGUGCCCUUGCUCCAUCGCCCAGCCAUGCUGCGUUGCUUGCUCCAACGAGCCAGCCACCUCCCCAACUUGGAGAAAGGGGACAAGCAAAGUGACCCGGUGGCCAGCCUGACUUUUCGAGGUGUGAAGAAGAGGACUAAAGUCAUCAAGAACAAUGUGAACCCUGUAUGGAACGAGGGCUUCGAGUGGGACCUGAAGGGAGCUCCCCUGGACCCGGGCGCCGAGCUCACCGUCGUCGUGAAAGACCAUGAGACCAUGGGGAGAAACAGGUUUUUGGGAGAAGCCCGAGUGCCGCUGCGAGAUGUCCUCUCCUCCCCCAGCCUGGCGGCCUCCUACAACCUCCCCUUGCUGGACACCAAGAAGCAGAGCACUGGGGCUUUCCUCAUCCUGCAAGUGUCCUACAUCCCCCCACCGGGAGCUGCCCCCCUCUUUCCCCCUCCAGCCCCCCCUGAGCCAGCACCGGCUGCUUCUGAGCCCGACACGGUCACUGAGACAGCUGGAGAGGAGGAGACGGAGGAUCAGGCGGCAACGGGGGACGAGACGGAGCCCUCCUCCUCCUCGGGGCCGCCAGGGUCUGAGCUCCCCUCGCUGCCCCGCAAGCCUCCCACGCACCACAUCCAGGGGGUGAAGCGGAGGAAAAGCUCGCCCAAAAAGCCUCUAUCCAACAAGCCGCAGGACUUCCAGAUCAGGGUGAGGGUCAUCGAGGGCCGGCAGCUCCCCGGGGUCAACAUCAGGCCCGUGGUGAAGGUGACGGCCGCCGGGCAGACCAAGAGGACGAGGAUACGCAAAGGCAACAGCCCCUUCUUCGAUGAGACCUUCUUCUUCAAUGUCUUCGAGUCGCCGGCUGAGUUGUUUGAUGCUCCCAUCUUCAUCACGGUUGUGGACUCUCGGUCUUUCCGGACAGACUCGGUGAUCGGGGAGUUUCGGAUGGACGUCGAGACUGUUUACUCGGAGCCAAAACACGCUUUUCUCAGGAAAUGGCUGUUGCUCUCUGACCCGGAGGACUUCUCCGCGGGGGCCAAGGGCUAUCUGAAAGUCAGCCUGUUCGUGCUGGGGCCUGGAGAUGAAGCUCCUCUGGAGAAGAAGGAGGUCUCUGAAGACAAAGAAGACAUUGAGGGCAACCUCCUGCGCCCCACCGGGGUCACCCUGAGAGGGGCUCACUUCUGCCUGAAAAUCUUCAAAGCCGAAGACUUGCCCCAGAUGGAUGACGCCGUCAUGGACAACGUCAGGCAGAUCUUUGGCUUCGAAAGCAACAAGAAGAACCUGGUCGAUCCCUUCGUGGAAGUCAGCUUCGCGGGCAAGACGCUCUACUCGAGGAUCCUGGAGAAGAACGCCAACCCGCAGUGGAACCAGUGCCUGACCCUGCCGGCGAUGUUCCCUUCCAUGUGUGAGAAGAUGAGGAUCCGGGUGACCGACUGGGACCGCCUGACGCACAACGAUAUCAUCGGCACUGCCUACCUCUGCAUGUCCAAGAUCUCGGCCCCCGGCGGGGAGCUGGAGGAUGAGUUUCCUGCUCUUGCGAAGCCUCUGAAGGCCGCAGACCCGGAUGAUGGGCUUGGGUUCCUGCCGACCUUUGGUCCCUGCUAUAUCAACCUCUACGGCAGCCCCCGGGAGUUCACCGGCUUCCCCGACCCUUACGAGACGCUCAAUUUAGGAAAGGGCGAGGGAGUCGCGUAUCGUGGCAGGAUGCUGGUGGAGCUGGAGACCAAGCUGGUGGAGCACGUGGAGCAGAAGGUGGAGGACAUUUCUGCGGAUGACAUCCUGCGGGUGGAGAAGUACCUGCGCCGUCGGAAGUACUCCCUCUUCGCUGCCUUCUACUCGGCCACCAUGCUCCGAGACGUGGACGACGCCAUCCAGUUUGAGGUCAGCAUCGGCAACUACGGCAACAAAUUUGACAACACCUGCCUGCCCUUGGCCUCCACCACGCAGUACAGCCGGGCCGUUUUUGACGGUUGUCAGUAUUACUACCUGCCCUGGGGCAAUGUGAAGCCUGUGGUGGUGUUGUCAUCCUACUGGGAAGAUAUCAGCUAUCGAACUGAUGCCCAAAACCUCCUGCACCACGCAGCAGACAGGCUGGAAGAAAACCUGGAGAAGGUCCACCUUGCUCUCAAGGCCAACCGCUCGCCGAGCGAGCUGGACGCCCUGGGUGCCCAACUGAUGGAUGACAUCAUCGCCGACUGCAGCCUGACCCUGCCCGACGUCCUGGGGAGGCCGGCCAGCACCCACCUGGACCAGAACAUGUACCGGUAUCGCAGCACCAACCUGGAGCAGAUAGUGAAGGCUGCCCUGAAGCUCAAGCACGAAGACUCGAGCCUGUUGGCGGCCCUGGAGCAGGCAGAGGACUGGCUCUCCCGGCUGAAGGCCAUGGCAGAGGAGCCCCAAAACAGCCUGCCCGAUAUAGUGAUCUGGAUGCUGCAGGGAGACAAGCGCGUAGCGUACGCCCGCGUGCCGGCCCACGAGGUCCUCUUCUCCAGGAACAUCUCCAGCUGCUGCGGCAAGAACUGUGGGAAGCUGCAGACCAUCUUCCUGAAGUAUCCCCAGGAGGAGGCGACGGGUCCGAAGAUCCCGGCGCAGAUCCGGGUCCAGCUCUGGUUCGGGCUGUCGGUUGAUGAGAAGGAAUUUAACCAGUACGCCGAGGGGAAGCUCUCCGUCUUUGCUGAAACCUACGAGAACCAGACCAAGCUGGCGCUGGUGGGGAACUGGGGCACGACCGGCCUGACCUACCCCAAGUACUCAGAUGUCACCGGCAAGAUCAAGCUCCCCAAGGACAGCUUCCGCCCCUCCACGGGCUGGACCUGGGCCGGGGACUGGUUCAUCUGCCCGGAGAAGACGUUGCUGCAUGACGUGGACGCCGGGCACCUGAGCUUCGUGGAGGAGGUGUUUGAGAACCAGGUCCGGCUGCCUGGAGGCCAGUGGAUCCACAUGACCGAUGCCUACACCGAUGUGAACGGGGAGAAGGUCCUGCAUAAGGAUGAGAUUGAGUGUCCUCCGGGCUGGAAGUGGGAAGACGUGGAGUGGGACACUGACCUCAACCGAGCCGUGGAUGAGAAAGGCUGGGAGUACGGCAUCACCAUCCCGCCGGACCGCAAGCCCAAGGCCUGGGUGCCGGCCGAGAAGAUGUACCACACCAACCGGCGACGGCGCUGGGUGCGGCUCCGCCGGAGGGACCUCACGCAGAUGGAGGCCAUGAGGAAGCACAAGCAGGAGGACCUGGAUGGGGAGGGCUGGGAGUACGCCUCGCUCUUCGGCUGGCGCUUCCACCUGAAGUAUCGCCGGACCGACACCUUCCGCCGCCGCCGCUGGAGGCGCAGGAUGGAGCCCCUGGAGCGCACCGGGGCCGCCGCCGUCUUCGCCUUGGAGGGGGCCCUGGGAGGAGUGACAGACGACAAGAGUGACGAUGGCAAAUCCAUCUCCACGCUCAGUUUCGGUGUCAACAGACCCACCAUUUCGUGCAUAUUUGACUGUGGGAACAGAUACCACCUCCGCUGCUACAUGUACCAAGCGCGGGAUCUGAUCGCCAUGGACAAGGACAGCUUUUCGGAUCCCUAUGCCAUUGUCUCCUUCCUCCACCAAAGCCAGAAGACGGUGGUGAUCAAGAACACCUUGAACCCUACCUGGGACCAGACACUCAUCUUCUAUGAGAUAGAGAUCUUUGGGGACCCCCAGAAUGUAUCUGAGUCCCCUCCCAACAUCGUCGUGGAAAUAUAUGAUCACGACACUUACGGUGCGGAUGAGUUCAUGGGGCGCUGCAUUUGCAAGCCCAGCCUGGCGCGCUCGCCGCGGCUCUCCUGGCACCCGGUCAUCAAGGCAAACAGAAACGUCGGGGAGCUGCUGGCUGCCUUCGAGCUGAUUCAGAGGGAGAAGCCGGCUGUCCACCACAUCCCUGGCUUCGAGAGUGAGCUCUCCUCCAGUCUGGAUGAGUCCGCGGACUCCGACCUGCCGUACCCCCCGCCCCAGCGGGAGCCCAACAUUUACAUGGUCCCCCAAGGAAUCAAACCGGUCCUGCAGCGCACGGCCAUCGAGAUCCUGGCCUGGGGGCUGAGGAACCUCAAGAGCUACCAGCUGGCCAGUGUCACCUCGCCCAGCCUGCUGGUGGAGUGUGGAGGGCAGCUCGUGCAGUCCUGCGUCAUCAAGAACGUCAAGAAGAACCCCAACUUUGAUGUCUGUGUGCUCUUCAUGGAAGUGCGUUUGCCCAAGGAGAGCCUCUACAGCCCCCCCAUCCUCAUCAAAAUCAUCGACAACAGGCCGUUUGGCCGAAGACCCGUGGUGGGGCAGUGCACCAUCCGCUCGUUGGAGGGCUUCUACUGUGACCCGUACCGAGAGGAGAGGGAGGGUACCCAGGAGCCAUCAGAUGAUGGGAGCCUCACGCCCAGGGAUGAUGUCCUAAUUGACAUCGACGACAAAGAGCCUCUUAUUCCUGUCCAGCUUGCGGAGGGUAUGACCAGCUCAGCAUUAAUUAACAUACCAGCUUCUCGGGCCCAACCUCAUGAGGAAGAAUUCAUUGACUGGUGGAGCAAAUUCUAUGCUUCCACAGGAGAGAGGGAAAAAUGCGGCUGCUAUUUGGAGAAGGGCUUUGACACCCUGAAGGUCUUCGAGACGGAGCUGGAGAACGUGGAGGACUUUGAGCAUCUCUCUGACUUCUGCCACACCUUCAAGCUGUAUCGCGGCCGGUCGCAGGACUCGAAUGACGACCCCUCGGUCGUGGGGGAGUUCAAGGGCUCGUUCAAAAUUUACCCUCUCCCGGAUGACCCGCGAGUCCCACUGCCACCCCGGCAGUUCCACCAGCUGCCGGCCAGAGGACCCCAGGAGUGUCUUGUCAGGGUCUACAUCAUCCGGGCCUUCGACCUCCAACCCAAGGACACCAAUGGAAAGUGCGAUCCCUACGUGAAGAUUUCAGUGGGAAAGAAAUCCAUAAAUGACCAAGAAAAUUACCUCCCCUGUACGCUGGAGCCUGUCUUUGGAAAGAUGUUCGAGCUGAGCUGCACGCUGCCCCUCGAGAAGGACUUGAAGAUCACGCUCUACGACUAUGACCUCCUCUCGAAGGAUGAGAAGAUUGGGGAGACUGUCAUAGACCUGGAGAACCGGUUCCUGUCGAAAUACGGGGCGCGUUGUGGCCUUCCCCAAACCUACUGCAUCUCUGGACCCAACCAGUGGCGAGACCAGCUCCGUCCUUCGCAGCUGCUUCACCUCUUCUCCUUGCAGCACAACUACAAGGCUCCCACCUACAAGUCCGACCGGGUCAUCUUCAGGGAGCAAGAGUACAUCCUCUCUGAACUGGAGGACGGCAAACCCCUCAACCCCCACCUGGGGCCGGUGGAGGAGCGUCUCGCCCUGUACGUGCUGCGGAAGCAAGGGCUGGUGCCGGAGCACGUGGAGACGAGACCUCUUUACAGCCCUCUCCAACCAGAAAUCGAGCAGGGAAAGCUACAGAUGUGGGUGGACCUGUUUCCGAAAUCCCUGGGUCAGCCUGGCCCCCCUUUCAACAUCACGCCACGCAAAGCCAAGAGGUUCUUCUUGCGCUGCAUCAUCUGGAACACCAAGGACGUCAUCCUUGAUGACCUCAGCAUCACCGGGGAGAAGAUGAGUGACAUCUACGUCAAAGGCUGGCUGGUUGGCCACGAGGAGAACAAGCAAAAAACAGACGUGCACUACAGGUCUAUGGGAGGAGAGGGCAACUUCAACUGGAGAUUCGUCUUCCCCUUUGACUACCUCCCUGCUGAGCAAAUGUGUUACAUCGCAAAAAAGGAGCACUUCUGGAGCUUGGACAAGACAGAAAAUAAGAUUCCACCGCAGCUUAUCUUCCAGAUCUGGGACAAUGACAAGUUCUCUUUUGAUGACUAUUUGGGCUCCAUUCAGAUGGAUCUCAACAGGAUGCCCAAACCUGCCAAGACUGCCGAGAAGUGCUCCUUAGAGCUGGUAGAUGAGAGCUUGUCCUCAAGUCGCUUUGUGUCACUCUUUGAGCAGAAAACUGUCAAGGGAUGGUGGCCUUGUGCUGCUGAGCAAGAUCAGAAGAAGAUCCUGGCGGGCAAAUUGGAAAUGACUCUGGAAAUUGUGGCAGAACAAGAGCAUGAAGAGCGGCCAGCUGGCAUGGGUCGGGAUGAGCCAAAUAUGAACCCCAAGCUGGAAGACCCCAAGCGCCCAGAGACCUCCUUCCUGUGGUUCACCUCCCCGUACAAGACCCUGAAGUACAUCCUGUGGAGGCGGUACAAGUGGGUGGUUAUCCUGGCCAUCGUGCUCUUCGUUUUGCUGCUCUUCCUGGGGAUCUUCAUCUACGCCUUCCCGAACUACGCUGCUAUGAAACUGGUGAAGCCUUUCAACUGAAGCUGCGCUGGAAAACACCUGAAAGGUCUGGUGCCUGCCGGGGGGGUUUUGGAAAGCAGCUGCAGCUCUGCACUGGAUCACAUCAGCAGAUGGAGACAGAGAAGGAACAGCCUCUCUCAGACCCUAGGCUGCUGCCAAAAUGAAGAUACAGCUUACCCUGAUGCAGUAUGCGGGAGCCCACCUGCAGCACGUAAACAAUACCUGCUCUGAAAUAUUUCUCAUUUUA